AGUUGCGGAGCUGACUUGAUUUGUCCCCUGUUCACUGCUCUCUGUCAUGCCACUGAAUGCUGUUUAGGGUGCUCAGUCAAGCUCCGAAGUUGCGACAUGGAUGCAUUGACCUAUGAUGAUGUGUAUGUGAACUUCACUCAAGAAGAAUGGGCUUUGCUGAAUCCUUCACAGAAGAGUCUCUACAAAGAUGUGAUGUUGGAGACCUACAGGAACCUCAUUGCUGUAGGCUACAAUUGGGAAGACCAUAAUAUUGAAGAACAUUGUCAAAGUUCCAGAAGACAUGGAAGGAAUGAAAGAAUUCUUACUGGAGAGAAUCCCUAUGAAGGCAUUCAGUGCGGUGAAGCCUUUGUUCAUCACAAUAGUUUCCGAAUGCAGAAAAUAACACACACUGGAGAGAAACGCUACAAAUGCAGUCAAUGUGGUAAAGCCUAUGCAGGACCCCAUACUCUCCAAAUACAUGAAAGAACACAUAGUGGAGAGAAACCGUAUGAAUGUAAGCAAUGUAGUAAAUCCUUUGCUUCUCAUGGUCAACUUCGAAAACAUGAAAGAAUUCAUACUCGAGGGAAAUCUUACAAAUGUAAUCAAUGUUCUAAAGCCUUUGUAUACCCUGGUAAUCUUCGAAUGCAUAAAAGAAUGCAUACUGAACACAAACCCUAUGAAUGUAAUCAAUGUACUAAAUCCUUUGCUUCUCAUCGUCAACUUCGAAUACAUGAAAGAAUUCAUACUGAAGAGAAACCCUAUGAAUGUAAUCAAUGUAGUAAAACCUUUGCUUGUCAUGGUCAACUUCGAAUACAUGAAAGAACACAUAGUGGAGAGAAACCCUAUGAAUGUAAUCAAUGUAGUAAAACCUUUGCUUUUCAUGGUCAACUUCGAAAACAUGAAAGAAUUCACACUGGAGAGAAACCUUACAAAUGUGAUCAAUGUGGAAAAGCCUUUUCACACCAAGGUAAUCUCAAAAUGCAUAAAAUAACAACACAUACUGAAGAGAAACCUUACAAGUGUGAUCAGUGUGGUAAAGGCUUUGCAUAUCAUGGAAGGUUCGAAGUACAUAAAAGAGCACAUACUGGAGAGAAGCCCUAUGAAUGUAAGCAAUGUGGCAAAGCCUUUGCAUGUCAAAAUUAUUACCAAAUACAUAAAAGAAUACAUACUGGAGAGAAACCCUAUGAAUGUAAGCAAUGUGGCAAAGCCUUUGCAUAUCAACAUUAUUACCAAAUACAUAAAAGAAUACAUACUGGAGAGAAACCCUAUGAAUGUAAGCAAUGUGGCAAAGCCUUUGCAUAUCAAAAUCAAUACCAAGUACAUAAAAGAAUACAUACUGGAGAGAAACCCUAUGAAUGUAAGCAAUGUAGUAAAUCCUUUGCUUCUCGUCGUCAACUUCGAAUACAUGAAAGAACACAUAGUGGAGAGAAACCCUAUGAAUGUAAUCAAUGUGGUAAAACCUUUGCUUUUCGUGGUCAACUUCGAAAACAUGAAAGAAUUCAUACUGGAGAGAAACCUUACAAAUGUGAUGAAUGUGGCAAAGCCUUUUCACUCCAAGGUAAUCUCAAAAUGCACAAAAUAACAACACAUACUGAAGAGACACCUUACAAGUGUGAUCAGUGUGGCAAAGCCUUUGCAUAUCAUAGUAUGUUCCAAGUACAUAAAAGAACCCAUACUGGAGAGAAGCCCUAUGACUGUAAGCAAUGUAGUAAAUCCUUUGCUUCUCGUGGUCAACUUCGAAAACAUGAAAGAAUUCAUACUGGAGAGAAACCUUACAAAUGUGAUCAGUGUGGCAAAGCCUUUGCACAUCACAGUAAUCUCAAAGUGCAUAAAAUAACAACACAUACUGAAGAGACACCUUACAAGUGUGAUCAGUGUGGUAAAGUCUUUGCAUAUCAUAGUAUCUUCCAAGUACAUAAAAGAACACAUACUCGAGAGAAGCCCUAUGAAUGUAAGCAAUGUGGCAAAGCCUUUUCAUGUCAAAAUUAUUACCAAGUACAUAAAAGAACACAUACUGGAGAGAAACCCUAUGAAUGUAAGCAAUGUAGUAAAUCCUUUGCUUCUCAUGGUCAACUUAGAAAACAUGAAAGAAUUCAUACUGGAGAGAAAAGUUAUUAAUGUAUACAAUAUGGUAAAGCCUAGUCACAAUCAACUUGCCUAAAACUAUAUAAAAUAAAACAUACUAAAGAGUAACCCUAUGAAUAUAACUAAUGUGGUAAAGCCUUUACAGUGAUAUUGAAAGGUGUGAUGGUUUAAAUAUACUUGGACCUUGGCAAGUGGCCGUAUUAGGGAGUAUAGCCUUUUGGAGUAGAUUUGAGAAAGUCUGUCACUGUGGUCUUGGACUCUGAGAUCCUAUGCUUAAGCUCCAACCAGGGCAGAAGAGUCUUCUGGCUGCGUUCUGAUCUAGAUGUCGAAUUCUUGUUUCUUCCAGUACCAUGUCUGCUUGGACACUGCUGUUCUUUUCACCUUGAUGAUAAUAGACUGCACCUUUGAAUCUGUACAAUACCCCCAAUUAAUCAAUUAAUGUCGUUUAUAAGAGCUGCCUUGGUAUUGGUAUUUUUUUUCACAUCAAUAAAACCCAAAUUAAGACGAA